AUGACGCAGAAACAAAUGCGAAUUAGUAAUUGUAUAUUAUCAAGAAAUAUUUAUUUGUCUAAACUAUAUUGUGCUAAAAAUAAAAGUAAAGAAAAAAAAAAAUCAAAACCAGCAAAUCUUGAUUUACGAGAGGUAAAUGAGAUAUACAAUGUUGAAAAAUUGAAGCUUCAAUUUACGAGAAGUAUUGAAAAUAUGAAAAAUGAGUUUGUAAAGAAUUUUACUCUUCGUUCAACUGUGGGCUCUAUAGAACUCAUUUCGGUUAAAAUGGAAGAUAAAGAAUACGAAAUACAAGAGCUUGCGCAAGUUAAUCGUACACCAAAAUCAGUGAUACUUCAUGUUAAUUUUCCAUUAGCGAUACCAUUAAUUGUUAAAGCUAUUCAAAAUAGUGGACUAAAUAUCAAUCCACAAUUGGAUGGAACAACUAUUUCUUUACCUAUUCCUAAAGUUACAAAGGAAUACAGGGAAAAACUUGCCAAAGGUCUCAAGAUAGUCUACAUGAAAUACAGAGAUGAGAUUAAAAGUAACAGGUCUGCAGCGAUUAAAACAAUAAAAGGUUCAGCCAUUGGAGAGGAUGUAAUUCGUCGUGCCGUAGCACUAAUAGAGAAAGUUGCCGAUCAAUAUUUAAAUGAAAUUGAAGAUAUUUUCAAAAAUAAGCAAACCGAUAUAUUAGGAAAUUGAAGUUCAUGGCAAGUCAUGUAAUUAGUUCAAAACUUAGAUUGACAUAUUAAAAUUCAGCAUCGAUGAAUUGGUAUUAAAUUAUUAAAAAUAUACUCUUUUGGAAA